AUAAAAAAAUAAAAUAAAACAAAGUAUAUAUAAUUACAAUUCUACCCCUAUUUACAUACCUAUACAACCCCCCCCCCCCCUCGCCCCCAACCCCCUCUCCCCUCUUAAAACCUCAGAGGCUGUCAAACCCAAACCCCUGCAACCAUUGAUUGAAUUCUCAGUCUUGAGGUUUUUGCAACAUAACAAAGCUAGCCGCAAAUGGAAAUGUGUCCAGACUGUACAACGUUAUUGCAAUACGAGUUGCCUCAUAUGGACCGUCCAGCCAGAUUCUUUUGCCCCGUGUGCCCUUACGUAAGUAACAUAGAGAACCGGCUCAAGUUGAAGAAAAAACAGCCUUUGGUUAAGAAACAAAUGGAUCCAGUGAUUUCGACAGAAGACAUGGAUAAUGCUUCGACUGCUGAAGUGCCGUGUCCGGCGUGUGGUUACAGGGAAGCUGCAUAUUAUCAAGUGCAGAUAAGGUCAGCAGAUGAGCCCAUGACUACAUUUUACAAAUGCAAGAACAAGAUGUGUGGAAACAAUUGGAGAGAAGACUGAAAUGGUUUUAGGACAACUGUGUAUCCUACAAUAGUUUCUUGGGACCGUUUCUCGAUUUGCGUGCAUCGACCUUGUACUAGCGCGGUCAUGUUGAUCUUCUCUAUAUCGUUCCAAUUUUAUACGGGACAUGUAUUCCGCGAAAGUUGUGUACUCUUUUUAAGUCCAAGCUUUGAUUCCCAAGAAUCUAA